AUGAAGUUUAUUUUCUCUCUCGUCUUCAUGGCCCUCGCCGCCAUUUCCUCCGUUGCCGCAGAGGGAUGUUUCAGCGGUGGUCAGCCAGGAACCUGUGACGACGCUGCGUACACCUUCUGCCAUGCGAUGCUUGGCAUUAACGGCGGCAAGGCGAGUCUCGGGGAUAGCGAAAGACGCUCGCGCUGCUACAAUACCUCGCGUGGGUACAAGUGCGAUAUGCGUGCCUUGAACACAAAGAGCUCGACAAGGACGAUCACUGAGGCGGACUGUGCGUCCGCGAUGUUCACGAACGGAAAUUGUGACCAUGAAGGAAAGAAGACCAUCAACGGCAUCGAAUAUACCGCUGAUCCUAAUGAGGGAACUUGCUAA